AUGCCUGCCGAGUUUCUCACUAGCAACCCCCCCCCGCUCUGGAUCACUCUCUACCACAUCGUCACCCGCCUCCCUGACUCUCUGCGCGCAGUCAGGGACCACUUCCUCUCUCGCUCCCCCACUGAGCUCACUGUUGCCCUCCUCGAGAAGGAACUGCUUGCAGCCGAGGCGAGCAUAGUCGCUGUAGGCACCUCUCGUGGCGACCCCCGCACCCCGUUCUUUGAGGGGUGUUCCCCUUCCCCCCUCCUCCCCUCUGUCGCCUCUGCUGCUGCUGUCGACCUUCUUGGUGCUGAGAAGGUCGGGACCGCGUCUGCUUCGAGCGGGCGCCGCAGGAACAAGGGCGGCCGGGGUGGGGGUGGCGGCGGAGGAGGUGGGGGUGGAGGCGGUGGGAGUGGAGGCGCGGCUGGGGAGACUAGUGGCGGCAGUGGGGGAGGAGACAGCAGCGGUGGGAGUGGUGGUGGAGGCGGCAGCGGAGGCGGAGGUGGUCGUGGCGGCGGCAGGGGUGGAGGUGGCCGGGGCGGCGGCGGUGGGGGUGGUGGUCGUGGAGGCGCUGGCGGAGGGCAGAGUCAGCAGCCCGCCCCGACGCUUCAGGCCGCCCGUGAGUGGUAUGCGCAGCGUAGCGUUACCUGCACGUACGUCAUUCGCACAGGUGACCGCAGCGGCCAGCAGUGUGGGAGGCCGCACCCCACGCAGCGCUGCUUCGCGCGCCUUAACGACGCGUGGCGCACUCAGUUUCCUGCUGCCACUGAGCUGCCGCGCUGGGCUGAUCUGGAAAAGAGGGGUGUUGAUAUUUGGGCUUUAGACUUUGAUGCUAUUCUCACUGCCAUGUAUGCGAUGUCUAUUAGUGGAGAGGGUGCUCAGUACUUGCGUGUUCCGCCCGACCCGGGCAUUCAGGCCAGUCCGGCUGCCGCUCUAGGUGCUAGUGCGUCUGCUCCCACAGGUCCUGGUGAGGCCGCUGCUCUAGGUGCUCGUGCGUCCGUGCCCCCUGGUACUGAGUCGACUGCAGCACUGCACACCUUCACACUGGACUCAGGUGCUUCUCGCUCCUUCUUUCGUGACCGCACUGUCCUUGAGCCACUCGCUCGGCCAGUUGCUGUCUCCCUUGCUGACCCCUCUGGGGGUCCGGUCAUUGCGACCUCCUCCACUGUCCUUCCUUGUCCGGCGGUCCCGUCCGGCACGCUGUCAGGUCUCUACCUCCCCUCGUUCUCUACGAACUUGGUGGCAGGUAGUGCGCUCCAGGACGGGGGUGUUCACCAGUUCACCCCUGCCUACGAGCGCGUGACACAUUGCACGUAG